AUGAUUUGCUCCCGAUUCGUGGCCCGGGCGGCCCUGCGGCGAGGUGCGACAGGUGGCCGCCUCUUUGUCGCCACGCUGGCAGCGACGACAACGACGACGACACUUCUUCCCUCGACCCCGACCAACAACCACAUCAAUACAACGCCUUCCAGCCACUACUACCACUCAUAUGCGCUACCCUCCCAGCCCUCGGCCUCGUCGACCUCGACUAGCUCUCGCAACGGCAACGUCCCUGAGACGUCCAUUUCGUUACCCGACAUGCCCCUACCCAAAGUCCAGGAGACGCGACCGCCUUCAUCGGCACUCUCUCCUCCACCUCCGCCACCGGCUGCCCAGAAGCAGCAUCACUUGUCAGAAUAUCCUGCUGCUCAGCCGCAGCAGCAAGAGCAGGAACAGGAACAGGAGCAGGAGCAAAGGGUCGCCGCCCAAGCCCAAAAACCGAUUGAGAAGAAGGAGAAGUCGAAGCGCCAGCGUCCCAAGCUGAGGCCGCGCAAGGCCGCCAUGACCCUCACCUCUUCGGCCGUCGAGCAGCUCCGCACACUCCUCGACCAGCCCAAGCCCAAGCUCAUCAAGGUUGGCGUGAGGAACCGCGGGUGCAGCGGGCUGGCGUACCACCUCGAGUAUGUCGAGAAGCCAGGCCCCUUUGACGAGGCUGUCGAGCAAGACGGCGUUAAGGUGCUCAUCGACAGUAAGGCGCUCUUCAGCAUCAUUGGCAGCGAGAUGGACUGGGCCGAGGAUAAGCUUAACCAGCGCUUCGUCUUCAGGAACCCAAACAUAAAGGAGGAAUGCGGCUGCGGCGAGUCAUUCAUGGUAUAG